AUGAGAAACGACGUGAUUUCUAGAAUAAUCAACACUAUCAACCAUUCAUGGGCUAAAGAUAUUCUCACCUCUUUAAAAGACCAUUAUGAAUCCAUGCUGAUCCAGAAAAUCAAUGGCAUAAAAUCUCGCUCUUUUUCCGAUUCUCGCAUUAAAGAAUUUUCUGCUAAGGCUAUCAACUGGGCCAAAACCAUCUACAGACAUAAACUGUCCGACGAAUCUUUGAAAAAAUAUUCCGACAUCAUACGUAACAUAGGUAUUCCUGACGAUUCCAUGGAAGUCACAGAAACCAUUGCAGCCGCUACUACAAACCGUUACAGUAUCCCAAAUAAUGUCAGCCAAACUCCCACUCGCAAACGUCGCCCUUCAGCCUCUUCUCCAGACGCAGUCCAAGGUACACCAAGAAAGACUUCAAAGAUUUCACCAACCACUAAACCUGUCCCACUUAUGUCCCUAACAUUGCCUUCUUCUUCCAUGCCCUCUACCAGUUUCUCUUCUUCCACUCAUCGUACUACCAAUUUCUCAGUAACCCCAUCAUUUGCCUUUGCCUCCAAUCCACAAACUAGUGUAAUUACUCCUUCUACCAGUUCGUCUGUAACACCCUUCACCUGUUCAUCGUCUACGACCUCUAUAAGUUCUUCAACUAUACCCUCUACUACUUCGUCUACCAUUACCCCUAGUUGUUCAUGUACUACCACCCCUACUAGUUCGUCUGCUAUAAUCUCUACUACCACAACCUCCGUUAUUCUAUCAACUAAACCCACCACAAGUUCAUCCACCCUUCCCUCUAAUAGUUCUUCCUCAAAAUCUAUCUCUAAGUCUCCCAAUCUGGCUAUUCCAUCUUCGAGUAUUUCCCAACAAUCUUCUUCUCAGCCAAGUUCAUCUCCUUUAACCUCUUCACCAUCUCCUUCUCGACAAUCAACUUCGCAGAAUUCUAAAUCUUCCCGACGCAAGAUCGAUUAUGAUCCUAAGCAACUACCAAGUCGUCAUGCCAACCAAAAUAAAGAAUCAUGGUCAUUACCUGCUGUUACCAAAUCAAAUUUGAUAUUGGGAUCAUCUAAUCUGAACAGAAUCGACAGAUCCAAAAUAAACUCAAACACUCAAGUUGAAUCAUACCCAGGAGCCAAAAUAGACCAUAUCAUCCAAAUUCUUAAAAAACACCAGCAGCAACCAGCAUCGAAUAGCAUUGAUCCUGACAACAUUAUUUUUCAUAUAUACAAACAACCUGGCAUUGAUACAAAGAAAAUUCGACUCAUUCGCGAAAAUUAUUGGAUAAACAAAUUACAAACCAUGCAUCCUUUAGGAAUGAACAUCCAAGUUGAUUUCCAAAUUAUACCUUUUGUUAUUCAAUACAACAACACAGCUGGUCAAGUUCCCCGAAUAAUUAUCCGUCUUUACAAAGAAUUGCAGGAAAAAUUUCCAACAGUCUUUACAAAUGAUUUAGUUAUCGCCUAUACCCGUAAUAAAAAUCUAAAUGGUAUCUUAGUCCGUGGUAGAUUACCCCCCAUCCCCGUUCCAUAG